AUGGCAAACAAUUUUUGUGCACCUUCCCUUUCCCCACCUCCGCCAUCACCUCUAUCAUCAACUUUGUCUUCACCUAUCUUCGUUAUCCCUUCUGAGUCAGAUGUCCCUCCUCCUGAUGUGGUUGCAAUUGCUAAGAGGCUUAAAAGGAAGCCAUCUGGCUCAGAGAAUAAGCCCAAGCCAGUCAUAGAGGAAUUUCCUAAACCCAUGUUCCUAAUGGUCCCCGCUGGCAUAGACAUUAUCAAUGCCAUCAUUACCUUUGCCCGCAACCAACAUGCUAGUAUCUUGGUGCACCAUGCUUCAGGCACCAUCUCUCAAGUUAACCUUUGCAACCCUGUAUAUCCUUUUGAUGAUUUGUCCUUCCAGGGAAACAUGUACAUGUUUUCUUUCUCUGGAUUUUACACCAAAAGCCUUUCACCUUUACCUCCAAAGAACAUUCCAUUUUCCUUCUUCAACAUUCGAUUAUCGAAGGGAACAACACCCCAACACUUGGGUGGCCUUAUUAGAGGCAAGCUUAUUGCUGCGGAACCUGUGCAUGUCAUGGCUUCACUCCUCAAGGAGCAUGAGUACCAAGAGAUUGGGUAUCCCAUGAUCACAAAUCCAAAUGUUUAA